AUGGCGACAUUGAAGACCAGCCGACCUUCAUUUUCUACGUCACCAACGGCUUUACUUAAUGUUCCCUUCUCUGUGACACCUGGUGAAUCGCGUAACUUCGAUCUAACUACUUCGUCGAAUUUCGUUUCAACUGGUUCAACAAAUGAUCCUCCGUAUUUAUUUAAUCAAUUUAAAAGCUCAGAAUGGUUACAGCGAUACGGUCUCAAGUCGCAAAAGUUAACCUUUGAUCAAAUUCUUCAACGUAUUGGAUUCAAACGUGUUGAAAAAUACGAUCCUGUUGUUGGUAAAACCAUCACUGCGAAAUAUGCAGGUAAUCUCUACAAUGAAGUACAACAUGACAAUGGCGAUCGAUAUGUCUUAACUUGUCGUCCGGAAAAGUUACGGGAAUAUCUUCAGCGUCUAGAAACUUUGUUACAUUUAUUGCGAAAACGCUUGGCUUUUCUGAACAGUGGAUCUCGUCGUUUGUUUGGAAUAAUCAGUGAGCCAAGUGUGUGCCUUAUUUGCGAUUGUAAAACUUUUGACUAUCGACUAUUCAAUCAAUUUCAAUCGGCAAUAUCAAGUUUACUCAAAGAACAAAUCACUAAAAUCAAAAAGUUCAACAUUAUCUGGGUUUCAAACGACAACGAACAGUUCCGAGAGCAGCCUGUUGAUGUUACUUCAUCAAAUAUCGAUAAAGCACUCGAUUGGAUAUGUGAUCGGAAAUGUUCUCGAACUAAAGCAUCUGUCAGUGCAACAUGCGAAGCAGUUCUCAAAGCGUUUAAGAACGACGUUGAGAGUUUCUACUUGAUCAGUGAAGGAGAUUCAUCGGAUUAUGCUCGUGAAAUGUUACGUGACAAUAUCGUUAAGACACGUCUUUCACUGGAAUCACCUAAAUCGUUGAACGUUGUCUCACUAUUCUGUCAUAAUAAUGAUACACAAACGUUUCUUCGUUCGAUUGCUCAAUCUGCUGAUGGAAGUUAUUUUUGUUACAAGAUUAAAAGCGAAGUAUCAGAUUUGAAAGCGCCAUCGAAUGCGCACGAUCCCACACGAAUUAAAUUGCAAGACGAUAAAUUACAGAUUGGUACCAAUGCAUUAACGCCAAUACCGGAAUAUCCAGUGGAUAUUGCUCUGAUGUAUAAAGAAAUCAUCGAAUGUCAAAGUAUUAUUGAUCGAAUUGAAAAAAUUGUUGGAUUCGUUCGUGAUGAAAAUCAAAAUUCGGCAGAAUCUUUCAAUGCAGCAAAACCAUCUGAAGGAUUGAAUGCAUCAGGCAACAAUAAUUUCCAACGUAGUCUGGUUGUUCCAUCAUCAGCCUUGUUUAGUAGUGAAGAAAAUGAGAUGGGUUCAGUCAACUGGUUGAAAAUCUAUGGAAUCGAUGCACAAAAACUCGAUUUCUUUUCGGUUCUUCACGCGGCAGCAUUUCGUCAUUGUGAUGGCGUGGUUAGAGUACUAAAACCACCUGAAGACACAGACGAAGUGACUGACAGUACACCAGCGAAUCCACAAGAUAAAUUAAUCAAUGCUAUAUAUUGCGAUCAAUUUGCUCAUGUUGCUUGGCCAGAUGGAACUAUUCGGCACGUUCAUGUAACACCUGAACUUCAUCGUGAUUAUGAAAGACGAAUCCGAGCACUACUUGAGAAAAUCAAAGCGAGAUUGAAAUGGUUGAAGAAGGGCAGUCGAGAUCUUUUCGGUGUGGUCUUAGAAAAUAAUAUCUAUGUCCUCAUUGACACAUCGAAAAGUAUGCAAUAUCAUUUGAGUUUUGUCAAGGACAAACUUCGUCAGCUCAUCAAUGAUCAAUUACUGACGAAAGAACGUAUUAAUGUGGUUGCAUUCAAUUCUGUUGUCAAUCCUUGGCGUGAUCGUUUGACUAAAAUCAGCGAUUCCACAACAAUAUCUCAAUUACAACCAUGGAUUGACGGACUGACGACUGAAGGAUCAACCAAUACUUUAGGCGCACUUCGCUUUGCACUGGCUGAUCCGGCAACAGAAGCGAUUUAUCUCCUCACUGAUGGUCGACCUGAUCAAAAUGAGCGACAUAUUCUUUCACAAGUUCAAUAUCGCCAAACGGUUCCAAUACAUACAAUAGCUUUCAAUUGUCAAGAUCAAGAUGCGAAUCAAUUUCUCUAUAAUCUAUCGAAACAAACAGGCGGACGUUUCCAUGCGUUUCAGUACGGAUUAGAAAAACAACCAUCAGUUGAAUUACCUGAGAGUGAAGAUGUUGGAACUCUGAAACAAGAAUUACUUCGUGGACAAAAGGAAUUGGAACGGAUCGCUGCUCUACGCGAUGAAUGUCUCGGACACGCAUGGUCACGUGAAAAUCUUCUACCAAAAAUACCGAAAACCAAAGCCCGUCAAAGCAGUGCCGAUCGUCAUUCCGCUACAGUUCAUCUUCGAAGUCAAAGUAACAUCGAUUUUAGUAAUUCUACGAUGCAACAGCGAGCAAGUAAAAAGAAACGUUCAUCGGCAAAACAAAAUAGGAAAUUGAAAUCAAGAUCAGUAACAAAUAUGGCGGAUAUCGAUCAUAUUCUCAAUAUUAAUUCUAAUCAGUGGCUACUACCCGAGACGAAAGACUAUCUAAAUGGAAAUAAGACCGAGGAAAAGGCGGCAAGUGAUACGGAAACAGGACAACGGGCUGAAAGUGCUCCCGAAAUAAGAAAAUCUCGCACUGCAUAUGAUGAUGUCAAGUCCUAUCUGAAAAAGAACAGUUUAGUGGCAAAGGGUUUGACCAUAUUCGAUGUCUUACAUCCAACGUCGGUUACAGUGAAAGAACCUCGGCAUAUUCAAGUUAUUGAUCGUUAUGUUCUUGCAAAAGUUUGGGAUGAUAUUUUACCGCUAACUUAUGGGUCAUAUGCCGGAAAAUUACGCUUGGUGAAUCACUAUGCAGUUAACCUAGAAAAAUACGAAGAAAAAUUGAAGGAACUAAUUGCCAAUUAUCACCAGUUUACUUCUAAUUUCAUUUGGAAACACCUUCGUGAUGAAGACAAGAGAAAACUUGGUGCAAGUCUUCAUUGGCAAAGUUUGUCAAAAGAGGAGCAAAAUGAAAUGACUAGUGAGAUCGCUGAAGAUGAACAUACCAGUCAAACUGCACUAGAAAAUUUCGCUUGGCGAAAAUUAACCGAUGCUGAACAGAAUAAAGUGCUUGAGAAACCUGUUCCUUAUCAAGACAAGAAUCAAACUGUAUUGAAAGACAUAUUAAAAGAUGCAGAAGCUGAAUCAGCCUUCAAAGGCGUCGCGCGUAUGGACGUAGAAAUUCAUCGUGCUAUUAAAUUUUUACAAAUAUCAACUGACUUACGUCAAUUACAAAAACGAGCCGAUAUUGAUUCAAAACCAAGCGCAGAAGAAAAACCUAGACCGCCAAGUAGAGCAUCGGCGGCUGGUCCAACUACUGGUCAACGUGUUAUAUCCCCUUACGACGGCGAUGGUUUCUUUUAUCCUGGUGUUACAGCGAAAAGUCCAGCUGGUCAGGUUAUCGUUCGAUUUGAAAUAGGCAUCGAACAAGACGCUGUUGGACACGUUCUCUUACCAAUAAAUGGUGCAAUUGCACAGCCAAAUCUCUUUGUAAAUGAUCCCGUUCUUGUUCAACAUGAAAAUCAUAGAAACCAAACAAUCUGGGUACCCGGACUUGUGCUCGCUCUUCCAGCACCCGGCGCACCACCGCCUGUUUUAUAUACGGUUGCCAUAUAUAAACCAAUCGCAGAAAAAGUUCAUGUAUAUCGACGUCAAUUGAUUAAAAUAAGUCGUGCUCUCUUUGACAAAACACGCCUUCAUCUUGAAUAUCUUCACGGCUUACAUUCACCACCCAUUAUCGAAAGUGGCACGGAAGGACGACCAAAGAGCGCAUUCCCAAAUGAUAAAAUUCAAUCGCUAACAACUAAAAUCGAAGGUUAUCACAAAUCUCAUACGAAACAAUAUUAUAGUUUAAAGAAGAAAUUAGAACGUCAAAUGCUCGAAAUAAGACAACUGCAAGACAUCAUCCGAAAACCGCCAACUCCAGUUAUAAUUAGCACUCGAUCCUCAACGCAAUCCUCCUCAUCUACAUCUCAAGCUUCAACUGCACGAGAAGAGGAUUUCAUUCCACCAAACACAACUGUAUAUGCUUAUUGGUUACAUUACGAUAAUCUAUUUUAUGAGGGAACUGUCGGCGAGAAACAAGAAGAUAGAAAUAGCUAUCGGGUUGAACGUAAUGGAUUUCCACCUGACUAUCAUUGCAUCAUUCCACGUGAGCAUAUCUUUCUUAAAACACAGCUUCAAAAAUUAGGACUAAUGAAAGAGAAAUCCUUUAUUCUUAUUCAACGUCCGAAGGAUUAUCGUCAUUGUUGGCUGCCUGCAGUAGUUCUUGCCCAUAAUUCGGAUGAAUCGACCACACGUAUUCGUUUUUACGACUGCAUUGUCAAAGAAAAUGUUGUAGAUAACACGAAAGUUCUACCUAUCAGUGAACAACAAUUUACUGAGUAUACGCAACGUCGCAUUGAUUAUGAAAAGUCUUUAGUCAAUCAAACUGUUGUCGGUUUACGUUUGGAUUCAGAUAAGCCGAAAGAAGCAGUACAUAUGCUGGGUACAAUUAUCAGACGGCUUGAAAGUGGUCAUCGAUUUUUAAUUAAAUGGUCUGAUAAUGCCGAAAGUGCCCAAGAAGAGGAAUAUCUAUUCGGAGUGUUUACUCCACGAAUCGAGUUUUUCGUUAAUUGUUAUGUUCUAGCUGUGGACGACAGUGAAUAUAUCUAUAGAAUAGGUCAAGUGAAGAAAAUAUCUGAUGACAGAAGCACUCUUACUAUUCGUUUCAUCGAUUCCGACAAUGAAAAAAUUGCAGAUGUGCCAUCUGUACCUACAUUUGUUAUCUCCGAAGAAUAUUAUGAAUCCUAUAUACAGAAACUGCGUGACUGA